AUGAGUAACACCAUCACACAGGACAACGAUGCAUACAUGAACCAGGGACUACCAAAACAGCAGCAAAGUUCAAAGCACGAUGAAGAAUCGACUGCUACUUCCUCAUUUAGCAAAAUGGUAAAUGACUUAAGAGAAGAAGCUGGCAAACACGUUACUCAUCAAGAUCACCAACAACCUAACCAGGAGAAACAGAACCAACCCUCGGUGCAGCCUCAUGGACGCCAUUUUGUUUCUUUUCACAGCUCUGAAUAUAAGAAACAUAGACAGAAAAUUUAUAUCAGAUUCGGUUUAAUCAUGCUUGCAAUGGCUAUAUUGUUGCUAACUGCACUUUCCAUAUAUUGGGGCGCCUUUUAUGAAAUUACGCACAAGGUCAAGGGUUUAAAAAUGUUGGUUGUUAUUGGUGAUGAAAGUACAAUGGAUGGUAUCCCCCCAUUGUUUGGAAAUACAAUGGAGAGCUUGUUGAAGCAACCGCAAGCAAAAGCAAGUGGCGACUGGCACGUUUAUAAGGAAAGUGAAUUCGAAGAACUAGCACAAGCUAAGAAUAAUACCAUCAGAGGUGAGAUAUUGAGGCGGGUGCAUCAUCAGUUGUAUUGGUCAGCAAUAUACAUUAAACCAAACGCUAGCUACAACUACUAUCAAGCGUUGGUUAAUGGAGACGCCAAGUACAACGUCUCAGACAACACAGUAACGGCUUAUUAUGAAACUGCUCGUGAUUUCCUUGUCGUACCUCUGUAUGUAAUUCCACAAUUGGCAGAAAUCGAAUCUCUUUGGUUGCAUCAACAAUCUAGCGUGAUUUCACAACUCGCUGAAAAUAACACUAUUGAAUCAUUAGCACAAAAGGCAAUAUUUGCUAGCUCAGUUCAGUUCACCAAAGUUGAUACAAUACCCGUUUCGAAUCAUGUUUUGAGUGCACCAAUGCAGCUAGGGUUCAUCUACUUGAUUAUUGUGUCAUUUUUCCAAGUUAGCUUCUUCAGUGAACCACAUCAGAAAGUGGCAAAGACUCCUAUUAAGAGACCCCAUUACUUACUUUAUCGUUACAUUUCUUCCAUCUCAGCUUUUUUUUUCCUUUCGUUGAUAUUUGGAUUGGCAUCAUUAGCUUAUCAAAUUGAUUUUACUGUCACUUAUGGCAAAUCGGGCUUCUUGGUGUAUUGGAGUAUAACUUUCCUCACAAUGUGUGCUGUUGGUUUAGCCACUGAAAUAAUGGGUAUGUUUAUCAUUCCAUUCUAUCCACCCUUGAUGGGAUUCUGGUUGAUUUUUUGGGUUAUUGUGAAUAUUGCACCAACGUACAAUGCAAUUGCACUAACCAAUAACUUUUAUCGUUAUGGAUAUGCUAUGCCUAUACAUAACAGUUAUGAGGCUACCAAGACGGUGUUUUUUGAUGUUUACAAAGGUCAAUUGGGUCGUAAUUUUGGUAUUUUGGUGGCUUGGGUUGUAUCCUUGACUGUGGCUUUUCCGUUUGUAUUGAAACGUUUUGCAAAGUCAAUGGGUAAGAAAGCUGCUGCUACUGUUGCGAAAACCCAGGAACAGGCUAAGAGAGAAACAAAAAUUGAUGUUCAGAAAGAGGAAGUAUAG